CGCGCGUGCGCGCUGUCGCUGCAGAGCCCCAGGAUGGCGGACGCCGAGGCUUUGGGAUUCGAACACAUGGGCUUGGACCCCCGGCUCUUGCAGGCCGUCACCGACCUGGGCUGGUCGCGGCCCACGCUGAUCCAGGAAAAGGCCAUCCCGCUGGCCCUGGAGGGGAAGGACCUCCUGGCUCGGGCCCGCACUGGCUCGGGGAAGACGGCCGCCUAUGCCAUUCCUCUGCUGCAGCUGCUGCUCCACAGGAAGGCGACCGGCCCCGCCAUGGAGCAGGCUGUGCGCGGUCUUGUCCUUGUGCCCACCAAGGAAUUGGCUCGGCAGGCCCAGUCCAUGAUUCAGCAGCUGGCUGCCUACUGUGCCCGAGACAUCCGGGUGGCCAAUGUCUCAGCUGCUGAGGACUCAGCCUCUCAGAGAGCUGUGCUGAUGGAGAAGCCAGACGUAGUGGUGGGAACCCCAUCUCGCAUAUUAAACCACUUGCAGCAAGACAGCCUGAAGCUUCGGGAGUCCCUGGAGCUGCUGGUGAUGGAUGAGGCUGAUCUUCUCUUCUCUUUUGGCUUCGAGGAAGAGCUCAAGAGUCUUCUGUGUCACUUGCCCCGGAUCUAUCAGGCUUUUCUGAUGUCAGCUACUUUUAAUGAGGAUGUGCAAACACUCAAGGAGCUGGUACUGCAUAACCCGGUUACCCUCAAGUUGCAAGAGUCCCAGCUGCCAGGACCAGAGCAACUACAGCAAUUUCAGGUGGUCUGCAACACGGAGGAGGACAAGUUUCUGUUGCUGUAUGCCCUGCUCAAGCUGUCGUUGAUUCGGGGCAAGUCCCUGCUCUUUGUCAACACUCUAGAGCGCAGCUACCGUCUGCGCCUGUUCCUGGAGCAGUUCAGCAUCCCUGCUUGCGUGCUCAACGGGGAGCUCCCCCUUCGCUCCAGGUGCCACAUCAUCUCACAGUUCAACCAAGGCUUCUAUGACUGUGUCAUAGCAACUGAUGCCGAAGUCCUUGGGGCCCCAGUCAAAGGCAAGCGUCGGGGCAAAGGGCUCAAGGGGGACAAGGCCUCUGAUCCAGAGGCAGGUGUGGCCCGUGGCAUAGACUUCCACCACGUGUGUGCCGUGCUCAACUUUGACCUCCCCCCCAACCCCGAGGCCUACAUCCAUCGAGCCGGCAGGACGGCACGUGCCAACAACCCAGGCGUAGUCUUGACCUUUGUGCUGCCCACAGAGCAGUCCCACCUGGGCAAGAUCGAGGAGCUUCUCAGUGGAGAGAACGGGGCCCCCGCCCUGCUUCCCUACCAGUUCCGCAUGGAGGAGAUUGAGGGCUUCCGCUACCGCUGCAGGGACGCCAUGCGCUCAGUGACGAAGCAGGCCAUCCGAGAGGCGAGGCUGAAGGAGAUCAAGGAGGAGCUCCUGCACUCGGAGAGGCUGAGGACUUACUUUGAAGACAACCCCAGGGACCUCCAGCUACUGCGCCAUGACCUGCCCUUGCACCCCGCUGUGGUGAAGCCUCACCUGGGCCACGUCCCUGACUACCUGGUUCCUCCUGCUCUUCGUGGCCUGGUUCACCCUCACAAGAAACGAAAGAAGCCAUUCCCUAAGAAAGUCAAGAAGGUGAAGGCCCAGAACCCACUGCGCAGCUUCAAGCACAGAAGAGAGAGGUGCAGACCCACGGCGGUGCCCUCCUGAGGUUGUCCAUGCAGCCUCAGCUGUCCUCCUGGCCUCCUGAGCUGAGCACAGCGGGGAAGCAGGCUUCCCCCUCAUGGACAGACGGACUGGAUUUCCCUCCCUGGACAGACUGAAUUCCACCUUGGACUGAUGCACUAGGUUCCGGGGCAGGCAGACUGUGGCCUCCACAUCUGUGGUGCUUCCAGGCUGGCAUUUUGUGCCUUAAAGACAGAAUAAAGGGUCUGGCUGCCUCGU